GCAAAUAAUCUGGUUGGCCUAUUCGUGCGACAAACAAAAUAGCUGAAAAUUCCCAAAAAAUACAAAAAUUCACAAUGAAGAUGGAAACAGAGGAGGAUCUCUCGUCGUUAUACGAGUUAAAUUCUUCGCUCACGGAAGGAUGUCGCUUGCCAUGUCGGAUGUCGGGCACGAAUGAUUGGCCACUCGCCGAGAUUAUUAGCAUUAAGGAACAAUCAGACGGGUCACGGUAUUAUUAUGUUCACUACGUAGAUUUCAACAAACGUCUCGACGAGUGGGUAACAGACGAAUAUUUGGACACGCGAAAAGUGCAAUUUCCCCGAAAAGAUGGAAAAGAUCAAACUGGCACAAAUACGGGCGUGUCGACGCCAAAACGCACGCUUCCCUCAAUCACAAACUUGAGUCGCCCCAGCAGUCCCGUGUCCUCGACGACGCCAAAUCCGCCCACAAAUGCCAACAGCAACGAAAAUCCGCUCGUGAACGGAAACGCCGUGCUUGCUGCCGCCCUGCAAAAGCGAAUGUCGCGCAAACGAAAAAACACGGCGCCUCCCGAUACCGCACCGAGCGAAGAUUCCGAAGAUACGCCGCCAACACCACGACAAUCGGGCAGUAUGGUUCAGGGACAUCACGACGACGUCGUCACCCGCAUGAAAAACGUACAAAUGAUCGAAUUGGGCAAGCAUCGCAUCAAGCCGUGGUACUUUGCUCCCUACCCGCCGGAAAUGUGUGCCAUGCCCUGCAUUUUUAUCUGUGAAUUUUGCUUGAAAUACCGCAAAAGUCGCGUUUGUCUCGAACGACACAUCGCCAAAUGCACGCUUCGUCAUCCGCCGGGCAACGAAAUUUACCGCAAACACACAAUUUCCUUCUUCGAGAUCGAUGGGCGCAAGAAUAAAAUUUACGCGCAGAAUUUGUGUCUCCUCGCGAAGCUCUUUCUCGACCACAAGACGCUUUAUUACGACACAGAUCCCUUUUUGUUCUACGUCAUGACGGAAUUCGAUUGUCGCGGCUUUCAUAUUGUCGGAUAUUUCUCGAAGGAGAAGGAAAGUACGGAAGAUUACAAUGUUGCUUGCAUUCUCACACUGCCGCCGUAUCAACGAAAAGGUUACGGAAAACUCCUCAUCGAGUUCAGCUACGAGUUGUCAAAGUUUGAAGGCAAAACAGGAUCUCCCGAAAAACCGUUGUCAGAUUUGGGGCUGCUUUCGUAUCGAAGUUAUUGGGCGCAACGCAUUUUGGAAAUUCUGUUGGAACAAAAACCUGCGGGCGACAUGGAGAAACCUCAAUUGACGAUCAAUGAAAUUUGCGAAAUGACGAGCAUCAAGAAAGAAGACGUAAUUUCGACGCUGCAAAUUCUCAACCUCAUCAACUACUACAAGGGACAAUACAUUCUGUGUAUUACAAAAGACAUCAUUGACUCACACAACAAGGCGAUGGAGCAAAGAAAAGUGCGAAUCGAUCCGAAAUGUCUGCAUUGGACACCGAAAGAUUGGUCAAAACGUUCCAAAUGGUAACUCUCUCGCACGGUAUUUCGACGCACCUUUUUUAUUUAGGACACUGAUACCUUAACGUAGAGGUAUAAGAAAAAUACAAAUUGAAUCAUGAUAAUGUAAUUCUGUCAAAAUAAAGUUAA